AUGUCUAUGGAUCUUGAUGACGCCAUUUCUAUUGCGCCUAUAUCGCAGCAGGCGACGGCAGCAACAAUCCUCUGUCACAACUGCGGUGCCCCGAUCGACGGAACAACAGCCACGGGCGCUGCCUGCUACGACUGCAUCAAGUUGACCAACGACAUUUCCCAGGGAAUCCAGCGAGAGGCCACCAUCCAGCAAUGCAGAGACUGCGAGAGAUGGCUCCUGCCACCCUCAAGUUGGAUCGCCGCCAUGCCUGAAUCCCGCGAACUCCUAGCUCUCUGCCUCAAGAAGCUGAGGGGCCUGAAUAAAGUGCGAAUCGUCGAUGCCAGCUUCAUCUGGACCGAGCCUCAUUCCCGAAGAGUAAAGGUCAAGUUGACCGUCCAAGAUUCCGUCCAGCAGGGAGUACUGCUGCAGCAGAGCUUCGAGGUCGUAUAUGUUGUGGCGACCCAGCAGUGCCCCGAGUGCCAGAAGAGUUUCACCCCCAACCACUGGAGAGCCUGCGUCCAGGUCCGACAGAAGGUCUUGCACAAGAGGACGUUCCACUUCCUGGAGCAGCUCAUUUUGAAGCAUGGUGCGCACAAAGAGACCCUCAACAUCAAGGAGGCCAAGGAUGGCAUCGAUUUCUUCUUUUCCGUGCGAAACCAGGCGGAGAAGUUUGUCGACUUCCUCAACUCAGUCGUUCCCGUCAAAGUCAAGUCUUCACAAGAGCUGAUCUCCAUGGAUACCCACACGUCAAAAAAAUCAUACAAAUUCACAUUUUCCGCCGAAAUUGUCCCCGUAUGCAGAGAUGACCUGGUCGCGCUGCCAAUAAAGCUUGCGAAACAGAGUAGCAACAUCUCACCCCUCGUCCUUUGCCACAAGAUUGGUACGGCGGUCUACCUCAUGGACCCUCAAACCCUUCAAACAGCGGAAGUAAAUGCAUCCAUUUACUGGCGCGCCCCGUUCACAGCCCUCGCCGACGCCAUGGAGUUGGUCGAGUUCAUCGUCAUGGAUAUUGAGCCUACCCCUACUCGCAAGGGUAAGUGGGUGCUUGCCGAGGCAACGGUUGCUCGUGCUUCCGAUCUGGGUGUCAAUGAUAGGACAUACUUUACCAGAACACAUCUUGGAAACCUGUUACAGCCAGGCGACUCAGCUAUGGGCUACAUGUUGAGCGGAACCAACUUCAACAAUCCCGAAUUUGAUGCGAUAGAGGAGUCCAACACAUAUUCAUCAAUCGUCCCCGAUGUCGUGUUGGUGAAGAAACACUACCCCAACCGCAGGAGAAACCGUCGUCGCAACUGGAAGCUCAAGCGCAUGGACAAGGAUGAGGGCGAGCUUCUGCCAAAGAAGGCAGACCAAGAGCGUAUGGAUAAGGAGUACGAGAUGUUCUUGCGUGAUGUCGAGGAAGAUGAAGAGCUGCGUGCGGCCUUGGCGCUGUAUAAGAAUCCCAAGAAGGUAAACGAUGAUGAGAUGAGCAUAGCGGAGACGGACGAGGAUGGAGACGAUGGCGCGCCGGGAGUGAAUAUGGACGAGCUGCUAGAUGACUUUGAUGAGCUCACAGUGCAAGAUGACUAG